UACCAUUACCAUCUCUCAACCAGGACCCUACAUUCAUUAUUUUCUUCUUCAUCCUCACCUUUCUCUCUUCUCCUACAACCAAACUAUAAUUUGAGCAACUAGAAGAGUAAUUAAGCAACUUUAAUAUGGGAAGAACACCUUGUUGUGAUAAAAAUCAUGGUCUCAAGAAAGGACCAUGGACUACUGAGGAGGAUGAAAAACUCAUUGAUUACAUUCAGAAACAUGGUUAUGGCAAUUGGAGAACACUCCCAAAAAAUGCUGGUUUGCAACGAUGUGGUAAAAGUUGUCGUCUUCGUUGGACAAAUUAUCUUCGACCGGAUAUAAAACGUGGUCGAUUUUCAUUUGAAGAGGAAGAGACAAUAAUUCAACUUCACAGUAUUCUCGGAAACAAGUGGUCUACAAUUGCAUCUCGACUACCAGGAAGAACAGACAACGAAAUAAAGAACUACUGGAACACGCACAUUCGAAAACGGCUUUUGAGAAUGGGAAUCGAUCCGGUAACACAUAGUCCACGACUCGAUUUACUAGACCUCUCUUCAAUUCUAUGUUCAUCUCUCUAUGGUUCAUCAUCAUCAUCACAAAUCAACAACUUCCAAACACUCCUUACCAUGCAACAACAACAACAACCAUUGAUGAACCCUGAGCUUCUCAAACUUGCUUCAUCACUCUUCAACACCUCAUCACACCAACACCAACAACAACAUCAACAACAAGAGGAUUAUAGUAAUAAUCAACCUUGUAAUCCCCAAACACAAAACCAAUUUCCACCUUCACAUUUUGUCCAAUUCCAAGACCAAAUCCAACAAGUACCUAGUACUAAUUCAAAUGUUUGUACUAAUGUCUCAUCUUCAUUUCACAAUCAUUCACAUUUGUUUGAUCCAAAUGUGAACACAUAUCCAUCAAAUUUCACCGACCAUAACUCUUACAACAAUCAAGAUUCUGUUCCUGAUAUUGAUUGGCUAGAAAAUAAUGGAUUUGGUUUAAGUACUUUUAAAGAGGAAAUUGAUUAUACCCAUCAAUUAUCAAGCUAUAAUCAAUACUAUGGUUCUGAUUAUAAUCAUAAUCAAAAUCUUAUGAUUCAUCAAACUUCAAACCAAAUUCUAUCAACACCAUCUUCAAGUCCAACGCCGAUGAACUCGAACUCGACCGGUAUUAUUGGGAGCAGCAAUACAGAAGAUGAGAAAGAAAGCUAUGAUAGUUGUAAUAACAGAAUGAAAUUUGAAAUUCCUUUGCAUAUUUUAGAUUCCAAUGAGUUCAUGUAAUCAACCAAAUGGUGUUGAUUAUUUCACCCUUUGUUUUUGCUGGGAUAUAUCAUAUAUCUAUGAAUCCUUCUAUGGUGCAUGAAAUUUGUAACAUUCUGUUUAUUUUAUUAUUGGUUUAUAAAGUUUAAAUUUCUUGCUUGAGAUUUGCCUUUAUUAGAAAUCUUGAGAUUCUAAUGGAAUUUUUUUUAUUAUCUACCUCCAUUCUUAAAGUAUACUAAUCUCUUUGCUUGAAUUGAUUUAAUUUGAUUUUUUUA